GCAGAAUUGGGGCCCUGUGCUGAUGGGAAUACGACCAGCAGUGAAGUUGCCAACCAAAACUGGCUCAGCUUCUUUGGUUGUGAAAGCCUGUACGCUUUGCUGCGGGCAGCCAGUGGCAGGAAUCCAGAUUGAUGUUGGUGAGGAUGACUGCGUGCAGUCCUUUACAGAUCGGACGGGGUGCUGCAUCAUCCGCGACAACUUGCACGAACAAGAGCUGCAGGUUUCUGCGACCCAUUCUGCUUUCAUGGAUGGUUCCUGUGAGUAUAUCGUUCGUUCCACAGACAAAUCAACUGCGGAGCUGCCCCUAUUCCUGGAGCCCUUGAUUCGAAUAUUCACCAUCCCGGGUCCAGGCGAUCAGUUGGCCUUGCAACUGUUGGUUGGUGAUGGUGACAGUGUCUUGCUUCCAGUGGAUGCAGAGCCUUUUGCUGGCACUAUUUGCGAUGCACGUGGCGAAGAGCUUUGGUCUGCGAGCACGGAUCCAGAUGCACUCACACUCACACAGUUGAAGGCUCCUCCAGACGCUGGUGAAUGUUCAAUAAUUUGUUUGGCACAUUCCGGAGUGGAGCUGAAGGGUUACGAGUGGCUCCCUUCCGCACCGUUCGAGACUGGCACGUGUGCUUUUGAGGAACUUCUGCGGCGGCGCGAGUCGCGCACAUUAGGACAUCUUCGGCCCGUCGUGCACGUGCGAGACCUUGAAGAUAAGACUGUGGUGCUAACCCUGGCAGAGUGUGAAACUAUCGAAGAGGCGACAGCACUGUUGAGAAAGAGGCUUUGCACGGCCCAAACUGCAAGCCUGACCCUGGCUGCUGAGUCAGAAGUACCAGAGGCUGAUGUUGAUAGAUAUGCCAGUGGAUGUCCGUUGUUAAAGGCUUCUGCAAAACUAUCAGCCGGGCAACGGUUGCGACUAAUGGCUCGACUGCUUGUCCAUGUAUCAUUCGGAAACACAACGCUGGGCGCGUCCAACGUGCACGUGGCAAUUGAGGGCUCAGAUGAAGCAACGACGUCUGACAGUGCUGGCCUUUGUGAGUUGAUACUCCCUGCUGGGCAUCACAAGAUAAAGGUCGACCAUGGCAUGUCAAACGAGGGAAGUGACUUUGUGGAGGUCGACGUGUCCGAAGUUGAUGUAAAGAUGGAGAUCUCUGCCCCUGCCUGCUUGUUCGUUUAUUUGCAAGCACCAGACUCACAGAAAGGAGACAGUGCUCCGACCAACGUGUCAAAGCUGGUGUUGGCAACAGUGUUUCUCGAGGGAGGGUUCGAAUUCUUAAAGCCGACAACCGAGAUUCCUAGAUUUGGUCUUGAACGCGGCCGAGGUCUGGCUCUGUGCUCAUCAGGAACAGCUUCCGUUAACCGCCUGGCCAGUGGCGGGCAGUCUACUGCUGGCUGA